UUUGGCCCAUUCCACUCUAGCGCCUUUCUGAGGCAAACCUCUGGAGAAAGCACUGGGCGCUUCUCUCCACUUCACUUAAAGCCUAAGAACGCAAGCACAUGGGAAUUAGGCAGGAUUCACAUUAUGAGCCACCUAAGGAUGGACUUCCCCAUCAAUGCUGAUUUGAAGCCUUUGUUUUCUCUUAGCCGAACUCAAAAGACCAGCUACAUGAUGGUAUCAGGUUCAACCUAAAUGAGCCCUAUCAACCAACCCAUCUGAAACCUUGAGAAAUUAUUCCGGCCCUCAGCUCCUGCAGACCGACCAUUUCCGCGGCCAACUUUCAGAAUCGCAAUUCAGCAAAAACUGUUGAGAUUCUGCAAUAUCAGGAGGUGAAACAACUAAAAGAGGUGUCAGCUAUGUGGCUCUACCUGGCUGCCCUGGUGGGGCUUUACUUCCUUCGGCGAUGGUACCGAGAGAGACAGACGGUGGAGAACCUGACGGAGAAAUACAUCUUCAUCACGGGGUGUGACACUGGCUUUGGGAACCAGCUGGCCAGGCAGCUGGAUGCUCGGGGCCUGAGGGUGUUGGCCGCGUGUCUCACUCCGGAAGGGGCAGAACAGCUGGAGAAACUCACAUCGGACCGGUUAAAAACCACCCUGCUGGAUGUCACCAGCACUGAGAGUGUUGCGGCAGCAACUGAGUGGGUGGAGGAGCAAGUAAGGGAUAAAGGCCUCUGGGGCUUGGUGAACAAUGCAGGCAUCGCUUUCCCGUUGGCCCCCAACCAGUGGCUGACCAAGGAUGACUUUGCAAAGGUGCUAGAUGUCAACUUGCUGGGAGUGGUUGAUGUGACACUCCACCUGCUGCCCCUCAUCAGGAGAGCCAGAGGGAGAGUGGUCAAUGUCAGCAGCCUGGCUGGAAGGGUUGCCUACAGCGGAGGAGGCUACAGCCCGUCAAAAUUUGCAUUGGAAGCCUUCUCCGACAGCCUCCGGCGUGAACUGCGUCCUUUUGGGGUCAAAGUCAGCAUCAUCGAGCCAGGCAUGUUUUCAACAGGAAUUAAUAAAUGCGCAACAGAGUACUUCACCACCUUCUGGAGCAAAGUACCAGCUGAUAUCAAAGAACUCUACGGCCAGGAAUUCAGGAGUAACUUUCACCAAACGUUAGUCGGCAAU